CAACCUGCAAAUGGAUUGGAUUGGUCAAAAAUAUUGAAAAAAAUUCCUAUAUACAAAGCCAGCUUUAACGUUUUGAGAGUCCAAACACAAAACACCAACCAACCAACCAACUAUGAAGUCUUCUUGUUCCUUCAAUCUCUUCAUACUAGCCGCAGUUAUCUUUCUCGGGUGUCUAAAUCCCAAUGGAGCUACCACGUGUCAUCCUGAUGAUGAAGCUGGUCUUUUAGCUUUUAAAUCGGGUAUAACCAGAGACUCCUCGGGUGUUCUUAGCCCAUGGACCAAAGGCACAGACUGUUGCUCCUGGUUCGGUGUUUAUUGCGCUAACCAACACCGCGUCACCAGUCUCAGCCUUGGCGAUGUGACCGGAGAUUUUCCAUACACUCUCUCUGGUACUAUCUCCCCGUCUCUGUCCAAACUCCAACAUUUGGAAAGCUUUGAACUAAUCGGUCUCAAGGAAAUCAGGGGACCAUUUCCUCGAUUUCUUCUUCGCUUACCAGAUCUGAAGAACAUCUACAUCCGGAGAAACCGUCUAUCUGGUCCUCUUCCCACCAACAUCGGCACGCUAAGCCCCCACUUAGAGACGCUGGUACUUGGCGCAAACCGGUUUACAGGUGCGAUACCGAGUUCAAUAUCCAAUUUGACUCGGUUAAAGGAACUCUACCUCAACGAUAAUCUCUUAACGGGAAGGAUCCCUCCAGGGAUUGGUAACCUCAAGCUUAUGUCUAUUAUUACUCUCGAUGGAAACCGUCUCUCUGGACCAAUACCAAAUAAUAUUUUCAAAUCCAUGACAAAGCUCCGAAUCCUCACUCUUUCUCGUAACAGCUUAUCUGGAAAAGUUCCUCCUUCAAUUGCAUCGCUCGGACCGAGUCUUGAGUUUCUUGAGCUAGGCCAUAACAAUCUCUCGGGAUCGAUUCCAAGCUAUAUAUCUCGACUCGCAAAACUUAAGAAACUGGAUCUCUCCAAUAACAGGUUCUCAGGAGCUGUGCCCCAAAGUUUAUCCAAGCUGACCGACGUUUUUGAUAUGGAUCUCUCUCGUAACCUUCUAACCAGUCCAUUCCCCGUUUGGAACGUGACGGAGAAUCUUCGAACGUUGGAUCUAUCGUACAACAAUUUUUACAUGGAGACGAUUCCUGAAUGGGUGACUUCCGCGUCGUACAUGGUGUCGUUGAAGCUGGCGAAAUGUGGAAUCAAGAUGAGCUUAAGCGAUUGGAAGCCAGAGAAUGUAGGCGUCUACAGUUACAUUGACCUUUCAGAAAACGAGAUCACAGGAAGUCCGGGAAAGCUCUUGAUAAAUGAAGGGAGUAUGCGGGAGUUUCGGGCGUCGGGGAACAAACUCCGUUUCGAUAUGGGGAAGCUAAAUAUACCGGAGAGCCUUGAGACGCUGGAUCUUUCAAGGAACUUGGUGUUCGGGAACGUGCCAGGGACGGUGACCGGUCUGUUAACACUAAACUUGAGUCAGAACCAUCUUUGCGGAAAACUUCCUGUGACAGAGUUUCCACCAAGCGUGUUUGCCGGCAACGAUUGCCUUUGCGGAUCUCCACUCCCUCCAUGCAAGGGCUAGUUAGUGGAUUCGUUUUAAACAAUAAUAUUCGAGAAACAAUUUCGUUAAAAUUAUGUAUUACGCGGAUAACACCAAAUAAUAAGUUAUUAUUUCAAAUGAUAAAUAGCCCACUUAACAAUAAAGAAUAAAAAAGUAUGGUCAUGAAG